AUGAGGUUCGACAAGUCACUCCAAUGUGCGCUGCUGAAUGCGCCUUCCGUCGUAUUCGCCGCCCCACAGUCAGCAUCUUACCCCACAAACGGCACGGCACCGGCCGCUUUCAGCUCGAAGUGUGAGGAACUUGCGUCUAAACUUCACAUCGAUGGCGGCGUUGUUACAACCGCCGAAUUCGUCGCCGCUGGUACGAACCUGACUGUACCCGUAUACGACGAAACAUGUGCCGCAGCACCGCCAGCCAUCACAGCGGACAUGUGCCGCGUCGCGCUGAAUGUGUCGACAUCUGAGCGCUCUGGCUUCAGGAUGGAGGCGUUCCUUCCAGCCAACUGGACAGGACGAUUUCUCUCUGGCGGCAAUGGAGGUUUGAAUGGUUGCAUCAGUUACGACGACUUGGCCUAUGCGGUUGGUCUAGGUUUUGCUGCGGUUGGGACCAACAACGGGCACGAUGGCACGAGUGGCUUGCCGUUUUACAAUAACUCUGACGUUGUGGAGGACUUCGCAUACCGAGCUUUACAUACUGGUGUCGUGGUCGGAAAGCAGAUCACCGAAGACUUCUACGGCAAACCGCACGACAAGUCCUAUUACCUUGGAUGCUCCACCGGAGGAAGACAGGGCAUGAAGUCUGCUCAAGAUUUCCCAGACGAUUUCGACGGCAUUGUUGCGGGAGCACCAGCCUUCGCCUUUAACAACCUUACCUCAUGGAGUGGACACUUCUACACCCUCACUGGCCCAGCAAACUCGUCGUCCGCUUUCGUUCCGCAGUCAAAGUGGGUGCAGAUUCACGCUGAUGUCUUGAAGCAAUGCGACAAGCUCGACAACCUCGAGGAUGGCAUUCUUGAGGCUCCUUUGCUUUGCCAGUAUGACCCUUCGGGCCUAGCUUGCGCUGAGGGCAGCAACACCACUACCUGUCUUACGCCCGAGCAGCUAGAGACAGUCAAGGGAGUUUACUCGCCACUUCUCAACGAUGCAGGAGACUUAGUCUAUCCCCGUCUGCAGCCAGGUGCUGAGGUGAUUGCGGCUGGCGCCAUCAUCAACGGACAGCCCUUUCCGUACACAACAGAUUGGUUCCGCUACGCUAUCUACAACGACCCUACCUGGGAUCCUGCGACUCUUAGCUCCGAGGACUACGACUACGCCGCGAAACUGAAUCUCUUUGGGAUCGAGUCCUUCAAGGGUGAUUUGAGCGGAAUGAAGGACCGCGGCGCCAAGGUGCUACACUGGCAUGGCGGCGCGGACUUUGUCAUCUCAUCCGAUAACUCUGCUCGUUACUACGAACACGUCACUUCUACUAUGGGUCUGUCGCCUGAAGAGCUCGACGAGUUCUACAGGUACUUCCUUGUCAGUGGAACUGGUCACUGUGGUGGGGGAGAGGGUGCGCACGCCAUUGGCCAGAGCGUGGGCGAGGUCAACGGAUACGAGACCAGCCACAACGUACUCAUGGCUUUGGUUGACUGGGUAGAAAACGGCAACGCACCCGAGACACUUAUCGGAACGAAGUUCGUCAACGACACGGUCGCUCUAGGCGUUGAAUUCGAGCGCGCUCAUUGCAAGUUCCCCAAGGUCAACCAGUACAAGGGCGGCAAUCCCGAUGUUAUCGAGAGCUGGGAAUGCGUUGACGCGUAA